AUGGAUUCUUCGGGCAAACCCAAGGUGAAGCUCAGCUCGCGCGAGGCCGAGCUUCUCGUCGGCGCUUGGCUCUCCCUCAAGAACUCACAGAUCGACUACGACAACUUUGCCGCCUUCCUCGGCCUCCAGAAGGCCAAAUCGGCCCGCAACGCCUUCGGCACGCUCAAGAAGCGGCUUCGGGAGGAGUUUGGCGACGGCGUCGGCGGCAGGGUGACCGCCAGGGCUGCCGUCUCCAAGAACACCACCGCCAAGGCGAGCACUGCCAAGAAAAAGGCUUCCGAGACGCUGAGAGAUGCCACCGACGACGACGUGUUCGACGCAAACCCUUUCCAGCCCCCUGCCAAGAAGGCCAAGCAGGACAACUACGGCCCCGGUCACUUUGAGCUCAAGGAGGCUUACUACUUUGAGGAUGGACGUAUCUGA